GAUAGAAAUCAUAUGUUUUUGAGUUUGAUAGACGUCAAUGUCAAAAAAACAGUUUGGAAAAUAAUGGAAUUAUGUUAAUUGUUUAACAAACAAUUGUUGUUUUUCAAAUUAGGGUUUAUAGAAAAAGAAUUAAUUCGUAUUUAAAAUGUUAGUUUUAGUACUGGGUGAUUUACACAUUCCACACAGGUGCAGUAGUUUACCGACGAAAUUUAAGAAACUCUUGGUUCCUGGUAGAAUUCAGCAUAUUCUUUGCACUGGAAAUUUGUGUACCAAAGAGUCGUAUGAUUAUUUAAAAACCCUUGCUUCUGAUGUUCAUGUUGUACGCGGCGAUUUCGACGAUAAUCUAAAUUAUCCCGAACAAAAGGUCGUUACUGUGGGACAGUUUCGGAUAGGUUUAUCACAUGGUCAUCAAGUUGUACCCUGGGGUGACCCAGAAGCUCUCGCACUAAUCCAACGUCAGUUAGAUGUAGACAUAUUAAUUUCUGGUCAUACCCACAAAUUUGAAGCUUACGAACAUGAAAACAAAUUUUAUAUUAACCCUGGAAGUGCGACAGGAAGUUAUAAUGCUUUAGAUGCAUCUCUAACACCAUCAUUUGUGUUGAUGGAUAUACAAAACACAACUGUUGUAACCUAUGUCUAUCAAUUGGUUGGAGAUGAUGUUAAGGUUGAAAGGAUAGAAUAUAAGAAAAAUUAAAUGUGUAAUAGGGUAGGAAAAUCAAUUUACUAAAUUCUGUUUAAAAUUAUUCUUUCUAAAUCAUAUAUUAUUUUGUAUUAAUUUUAAUUUACUUUAAUCUUAAGGAAUGAGAAAUUAUAUAUUAUUUUUUUAAGACCAUGAUGUAUAUUUAAAAAAAACUUUUUUAAGUUUUAACACAUAUUUAAUUAUUGCUUU